AUGAAUCACAACACCAACAUCCACUUUGGGAACCGGACACUGAUCCCACACGAUCUCCACGGCCGGAGUUACCAAGACCCAGCCGUAAGCAUCGUGCCACAUCCGUUCCCUCCCAACCGCGCUCAUCCGACGUUUGAAGGACCUAGCCGAGACGAGCAUCAUUACCAUCAUCAUCAAAACCGACCUCCGGUUUAUCAUCAACCACCUAGACCAGUGUUGCAUUCACACCACGACCAUGUUCUCAAUAGGCGGAGAGAUAGCCAUUUCGAUGCCGUGCUUGAGGGUUUCAUGGAGAGCCAAAGAAGAACUAGCCGCGACAUUGAGACAAAGCUAGAGUUCACGCGAUACGAACUAGAUGGAAGACUUGGAGAACUCUCUACCCAAAUAGAGAGAGUAGAGUCAAGAUGCUUGGACAUGGAGGAAGAUUUGAAGAAGCAAGGCGAGGCCAUUGAAGACAAUAGGAGAGCGAUACACUUUACCAAAGUUUCUACCAAGGAGAUGGAUAAUCACUUAGAUGAGAAGAUCUCAAGUCUUGAUAACAACCUCGAUGGCACCACCAAGAGUCUCAAUUCAAUAACAGCAGUAGCUCAUCAAGCUAAGAGGGAGGCACAAAUCCGAGAUUUACACAUCUCUCUAGACAAGAGGAGCCAAGAUAUUCAAAGAAGAGCUAGAGGGCUUGAAGACAAAGUAGAUGGAGUCUCCAAGGAAGUCAAGGAUUUAACCACUCGCUUAGCCAACUUGGAAGAGAAGGUCUUGACCGAGACAAAGACGACCGUUCCUAAGCAAAACUAUGCCGCGCCCGUCUUUACUAUAAGAGAGACCGACCCAAGAGUGAUUUGGGAUGAAGAAGAGAGUAGAGCUGAUCAAGAAAGAGCCACGAAGGCUAACCACUGGAACAAGAGAGAAGAUAGCACCAAAAGGAAGAACCCUUACUCAAAGGUCUUCACAACCGCCUCCCACCAAGGAGAAGAGGAAGACAAGAUCAUCACUUGA